AUGGAACAAGCACCAGGCUAUAACAAGGAGUUGGCUUUGUUUCAGCGGGAAUUUGCUGCAAAAAAGCCUCAAGAUUUCUUGCAAUUCGCCGCAAAUUACUUCAACAGAAGACUAGAGCAAGAGCGGAUGUUUGCUAAAAAUCAAGAGCCAGUGAUGGGUUCAGUAGGUGGACACUUGUCUCCUUCGGCAGCUGAAUCAACUUUGAGCGGUGUCGGUAAUGCCAUCAGGACGGAGCAGCCUUUUGCUGCGGGUGUUGAGGAGGAAGAUGUGCGCUUUAAAUCACCAUUUGGAGGACCAGUCACACAAGCAUCGGCUUCGUCGACUACGAAAACUGGAGAAGAGUCUGAAGGGUUACCCACGAUAUUCAAGGACAACUUUUCCGUGACACAGGUUUCCGAGAGCAAUGCUCGCAAUCCAGUGGAUCCUAGAGCACCAGCAGCCACUUCGGGCUCUUUCAACACAGAAAAGAAAAUCUCUAUGACCAGGAAUUCGAUAGUCGGUGAGCAGCCAUUGCCAAUGAACUUUAAUGCAUUGAGAAGGACAUCUGUGAGCGGUGAGACACUCAAACCGGACAAUUUGGACGACUGGACACCUGAACAUUACGUCGAGAAAUCCGAAGAACAACUACAGCGACUCGAAAAGGCAAUUGGCAAGAACUUUCUUUUUAACAAGCUUGACACAGAGUCCAGGAGGCUCGUCAUCAACUCGCUUGAGGAAAAAUCAGUGACUCAAGGGACUCAGAUUAUUAAGCAGGGUGAUGAGGGUGAUUACUUUUAUGUUGUGGAGUGGGGUACUGUGGAAUUUUAUGUCAAUAACGAAAAGGUCAAUACCUCAGGAGCUGGUUCAAGCUUUGGUGAACUGGCUCUCAUGUACAAUAGCCCCAGGGCCGCAACUGUGGUGGCUUCAACCGACUGCAUACUCUGGGCCCUAGACCGCUUGACGUUUAGGAGAAUUCUCUUGGGACGUUCUUUUAAAAAGAGAAUACUAUACGACGAAUUCCUGAAAUCAGUGCCGGUUUUGAAAUCGUUGACCACAUAUGAUCGUGCCAAACUUGCCGAUGCUCUCGACACGGAACUUUAUAAUCCAGGCCAAAUGAUUAUUCGUGAGGGCGAUGCUGCAGACAAUUUUUACUUUAUUGAGUAUGGAGAAGCAGAGGUUUCCAAGAAGGAUCAAGGAAUCAUUGCACACUUGAAAAAGGGUGACUACUUUGGAGAAGUUGCGCUUCUAAACGAUCUUCCCCGUCAAGCCACGGUCACUGCAGUAAAAAAGACAAAAGUAGCCACACUUGGCAAAAGUGGGUUUCAAAGACUUUUGGGUCCCGCUGUCGAAGUUUUGAAACUGAACGAUCCGACUCGUAGUGGUCAUCAUUGA